UAUUACGUCUGGAUGUGCCAGAAGGAGUCAGGGCGAGUCUUGACUGCAGGCGUCGUCAUUGCAACCAGGAUGCGCAUCGGUGAGACGAGAAGCCUUCACCUUUUUCCUACAGAUUUAUCACAAUCAAGCGCCUGAAAAUAAAAGGGAGAGCAACAAAGGAACAGCAGCUGUGCACAACGUGACAGGCCAGGUUUAAUCUCUGCUCUUCAAGCUCUUUCCGCUAAAACCCAUCGUUUGCCCAAACGCCAGCCCACCAUGUCUGGGAAGGAGCGCAGCCCUCGCCACCGGCCGUGGUCGGUCUACCGGGCCAACACCUUUGAUCUCUCAGCGGAGAUGAUGGGGCUAGCGCUUUCAGGCAGCAGUCAAGAUCCAGAUGAACCAGUUCUGGAGUUCAGUGUGGCCUGCAGUGAGCUGGUCACGCCCUCUCUGGACCGCAAGCCGACCAGCUUUGUGGCCGUCAGCUGCACCACACCGCCGCAGGCCUUCUGGACUAAACACGCCCAAACUGAAAUCAUAGAGGGCACCAGUAAUCCCAUCUACCUAAGCAGCAUAGCGUUCUUUCAGGACUCGCUCAUCACCCAGCAGACUCAGGUCAAACUCUCCGUCUAUGAUGUAAAGGACCGAUCACAGGGCACGAUGUACAUGCUUGGGUCAUCCAUGUUUUCUGUAAAGGAGCUGCUGCAGGACAAACACCACAGACUGCACUUGACUCUAAGGUCAGCAGAGAAUGAACGUGUGGGCAACAUCACAGUCAUCGCCUGGCAAAUAGAGGAGAAGCGUGAACAGAGAGCACCAGUUGCAAGAUUACAGAGGGGGGAUACGGUCAAUGGAAGGAUGGUUCUCCCAGUCGAUGAAAGCCUAACCGGAUCCAUGGCUAUUAAAUCCAAGUGUUCGUCUUUAUGUAAAGAUCCGAUGCUAAAGGCAGUUUUUGGAGGCGUGAUGUCUCGGACGUAUCGUUUCCCAACCACGGAUGGAAACCACCUUCGCGUCCUGGAGCAGAUGGCUGAAAGCGUCCUCUCCUUGCAUAUUCCUCGACAGUUCGUCAAACUGCUCCUGGAGGAGGAUGCCGUGAGGGUGUGUGAGCUGGAGGAGCUGGGCGAGCUCGCUCCAUGUCGGGAGAAUCUCAGGAGGCAGAUCAUCACUCAGUAUCAGACUAUCAUCCUCACAUACCAGGAGACCAUAAGUGACCUGCAUGAAUACAAAGGACCUUCGUUUAAGCCCAGCACCUUAAAAGCUGAGAGGAAGUUGGAAUUCAUUCCCACAAACCUGCACAUCCAGAGGAUGAGAGUACAAGGAGAGACGAGUUAUGAUUGGACGUAUGACGUCGUGACCAUAGGGGCUCCUGCAGCACAUCAUCAGGGCUUUAAAGGCUGCGGCCUCAGAAAACUGCUGCACAAGCUUGAAGAAGCCAGGAAACACACUUAUGAGGAAGAAAGCUCUGCUGGCUUUGGUUCAAAAGGAAUGAUCUACCAGCCUCAGGAUGUCAUUAAAGCGAAGGAGCUGAUUGCUCAGAUUAACACUCUGAAGACGCAGGUGUGUUACUACACCGAACGUCUGUCCAGAGCCGCCAAGGAACGCUCAGCCAACGCUCUGGAGAGAACUCUGGCCAUCCUAAUGGAGAAGACCCGUCAGUUGGUGACAGUGUGCGACUCCAAGCUGCUGUCAUCAGCCAUCGUUGCCCUUGCCGCUGCCCGCCCACAGUUUUCGCAGCAGAGCACCCCAUCCCCUUCCUCCUCUUCCCUCUCACCUUCUUCUCGCUCUCCAUCCCGUUCCCCCUCUCGCCAUCCCACCUCACCUUCCCGCCCAGCCACUUCUCCGUCGAGACAUGCAGCUCCUCCAGAGGGCAGCGAAGGGAGCAAAAGCAAGCGUGCCUCGACGCACUCUGACUAUCAUGAGGAAGAGUGGGAGAAGGUUUGGUUAAAUGUCGAUAAAAGCCUAGAGUGUGUGAUCCAGACGGUGGACCGGCUGCUGCAGAGAGACAAACUCCAGAGCGACAGCAGCUCUGAGGACGUCUUUCUGCUCGCCAAUGAAGUGCCGAGUGGCACUAAGAAAGAGAGCAGUCCAGAAGUUGAGAAGAAGUCUCCAGGCGAAUGGAACGAAGUGCUGUAUCCCCUCCUCACCACCCUGACAGAAUGUGUGUCUCUGAUGAGCGACAAAGCAAAGAAAGCCUUGGUGUUUCUGCUGAUGCAGGACAGUGCCCCCACUAUCGCCAUGAGCCUCACUAUGCAGUAUCGUCGCGACGUUGUUUUCUGCCAGACGCUGACGGCGCUGAUCUGCGGCUUCGUUCUCAAGCUGAGGAACUGUCUCUGCGACUCGGGCUUCCUGCGGCAGCUACACACCAUCGGCUUGUUGGUUCAGUAUGAGAGUCUGCUCAGCACCUACGGGGAGGAGUUGGCCAUGCUGGAGGACAUGAGUGUUGGUGUGAUGGACCUGAGGAAUGUCACCUUUAAGGUUACUCAGGCAACCUCUGGUUUCAGCCCUGACAUGCUGCCAGUGAUCACAGGGAACAGGACUGGAUUUAACGUCAGGGUUCCCAUGCCUGGCCUGAUGUUCGACACGUUGCCCAGAGAGAUCCAGAACGGGAUGCUGCUUCGGGUGCAGCCCAUCCUGUUCAACGUGGGGAUCAACGAGCAGCAGACAUUGGCUGAGAAAUUUGGAGACACGUCGCUCCAAGAUGUCAUCAAUAUGGAGAACAUGACUCGCCUCAGUUCAUAUUACGACCAGUUCAAAGAAGUCCUUCCAGAAGACUGUCUCCCUCGGACCCGCAGCACCACCACUCUGCCUGACAUCCUCAAGCUGCUGAGUCAGAAUGUGAACGCCAAGAAAAGCAAGAACGUAGAAAUCCUGUGGCAGGCAGCCGAGGCAUGUCGGCGCCUGAACGGUGUCCGCUUCACCAGCUGUAAAAGCGCCAAGGACCGCACAGCCAUGUCGCUGACCCUGGAGCAAUGUCAGAUCCUGCAGCAGGAGCACGCCAUGGCGCCGCAGGUCUUCUACCAGGCCUUGGAUUGCAUGCGCAGUGAGGGCUGCAGGAGGGAGAACACUAUGAAGAAUGUGGGAUGUCGAAAAUAUGCCUUUAACUCUCUUCAGCUCAAGGCCUUCCCCAAACAGUACCGCCCCCCAGAAGGGACAUACGGGAAAGUUGAGACCUAAAUGGACUGAUAUUUGAUGGAACCAAAAAAAAACCUGAUAUUAGAGACUGAAAAAAAUUAUACAUAUAUAUGUUUAAAAAAGACAACAAUAUCAAACAAAAUUGCCACAGCAGCCCGUGGUUUUGUGUUUAGUCCUUGUUAGGAUAAUCAGUGUCCCAGUGCCGGUUCUGUUAGAUUGUUUUCAAAAUGUUUCCUCCUCCCAUCUUAGCUUUGCUACUAGAAUCACAAUUCACAGCUAACGCGAGGCUUUCUGUGUCACAUUGUGGGCUGUGUCAUGGCUGCACCAGCUGUAGCAUCUGGAGGUUUGCAGCCAUGCUGGAUCAAUAAUAUUCUAAUUUCUGUCUGAAAAAUCACAUAAAAUGUGUUUAUACGAGAGACAGACUACAGUACAGGAAAAAACUACAAACCACUUUACGGAUUUCUUCUGUUUUUUUUUUUAUUUUUAUUAUUAUUAUUUCUGUGUCUCAUUUAAAUGUUUCAGAAAAACAAUCCCAAAUAACAUGGCUCUGUGUGGGGAAAAGUAAUCACCCCAUUGUUAAAUUACGAACUAACUGGGGUUUAAAGACAUUAAAACAGUUUUUUGCUUCACUUGGCAAACCCAGCCCAGAUUCCUGACUGACCUGUAGAAUAAAAAAUUACCUAUUGGACAACACAAAGCAGGCUGAAAUAUCUCAAAAGUAAUAGAGUAUAAAGAAAACUGAGAGCAGAUGAGAAAUAGACUAACUUUCAUCUAUCACCAUGGAAAUGGCUACAUAAUCAUUUCUAAUGUUUUGGGACACCAGACAAAGGGUUUUGAGUGGUCUAGUCCAAGUCCAGACUUGAAUCAGACUGCCGUGGGACCUCAAACAGGUCCUGAAAUGUGUCAGAAUUAUAACAGUUCUGCAAAAAAGAUCAGGCCGAUUUUUUCCCCCCCCAAAGAAAUCUAAAGCUUCAUUAGUACUUAAUGGAAAUGUUAUAGAGGUUGUUGCUAUCAAGGAUGGCACAUACAGUUACUACGCUUAUUAGGUUUACGAAGGUUUUUCGUAAUAAUUGACGUUUUUGUUUUUUUUCCUUAAUUGAUUAGUUAUAUAAAAUAAUUUUUUUUUAAACUGUAGUUUUUAAUUUGUCUGAUAUUAAAAUCUGUUUGAUAAUCUGCAACAAUUAGUUUUGAUAAUAAUAAAAACAGAACAAAUCUGUUAGGGGUAAAUACUUUUGCUCUGUAUGGCACCUGUUUGUCCUUGUCAACUCUGUUAUUAUUGGAUGUCAUCUAAAUAGCUGGUAUAACAACACACACACUUUGUGUUCUUUUUUUACUUUCAACAAGCAUUAUCAAAAGCCUUAUUAUAUCGGUUAUUUAACUUUGUCGCAGAUCCUGCUGACUUGAUUCUCCAUAAGUAAAAACUUCUGUUACUGAGCACAGCUGAGUUGUUUUAGAGAGGAAUUCCAAAACUGCAUAAAGUUAAUAGAGACAUUUUUUAAUAAUUAUCUUUAGAAGCUUCAAAAAUAAGCUCAACUAAACAACUCAAGGCAAACGUUUGGACAUCCUGAAGGGUCAUCCUAAUUUACAUUCUCUAUGCAAGCAAGCAAGUCUUAAUAUUUGCUUAAACUGUGUAAACGUUUCAUCGUUUGCCUUCUGCACUACUAUUUGAAAGUGUUUUCUACAUUUAGACAUGCCUUAGGUUUUAAAGUUGCAGUAUGAAAACCUUCUCUGGCUCUAUUUAGUUGUUGAAUUGUGGCUUUAGACCUGUGCUUUGUUGGAACCGUCUUGUUUUUAUCUUUAUGUUGAAGCUAUAACACUUCCUUUAUUAGUGAAUAACGGCCCAGCCAAUCGCACGACAGCAAUUGAAUUAAUUUGAACAUCUAGAUGGGGUCAAAAUAACUUGCUGAGCAUCAGAAUGGUUCCAAUCCAGAAGGCAUUUCUAUAUUGGAAACUGGAAAAUUGCUAAUCCGCUUGAGGCCUUUUGCAGCUUUCGGUUUUUUUUGUAUGAGAGGGGAAAAACAAAAUUAUAAAGAGUUGACGUAUUUAAGAUUCGUAAUUGGAAUCACCUCCCAUCCAAACAGUAUGGGAGGUAUAUAUCGGUAUAUUGCUGUAUAUCGAUCCGUACUUGAAAUACGUUGAAAAUUGAAGUGUUUUAUCCAGAAGGCCCACUCUAAAUUAACUAAGGCAAUUCUUCCAUUGAUCCCAAUCACAUUUAGAUAUCUUCAUGCAGGCAUUUUUUUAAAUUUUCAGUCAAAUUUUAGCUUUUUUUAGACAAAUAGCAACACCUUUACAGUAAAAGUUUGCUUUGGAAGUGAGUUUGCCUGAUUAAGUCGCUAUACGAGCCAAAUUUCUGACAUGCUAAUUAAAGUCCAAACACUUUCUAAAACUGAUCUGACAUCUUAGAAAUGUGAUAUGCUGUUUGGUUUGAUUUUAAAUUUUAAUUCCCAUUAUUUCUAUUGUUUGGCUCUUUGACUUUGUGCUUUUGGAGUUUGUCUUUUACUUGGUUACAGCUGGCAAAAUUUUGACUGGUGGUGCACUUACUGUAUAAUAUGUACAAACUACAGUGUUGAUCCACUUCUUAAUACUUAAUAAAUCUUAGUACAUAUUCCUAACCUUUUUGGAAAAAAACACUAUCUAGGACCAGCAUUCACAGAGUACAGGUGGAGAAAAGAUGGAAAUUAGAAAAUAAACAUUCUGUUUUUGAUCAUUUUGUGCUAUUUGCUCACAGUCAACAGAAAUGAAAUCAAAAGUCACACCAGCAAAACUUGACCAAUAGACUGGAUUCAUAGCAGAUGUGUGAAGUAAAACUUUGCCAAACACUGAGUCAGAUCAGAUAAGAGACUGUCAUUCAGAGAUGCUGUAAUGUUCCACUGUGUUUAGUUUAUAUCCAUCAUAGGCAGCAAUGCAGAUGAUCUGCUUCAGUACCAGCUCAGAAACCUUCCUCUGGACCUUGGCUGCACUGCAGGAGGACAGCUGUUGACGAAUUUAUUGGCUUUAUGUUAGUGCUCAUUUCUCUAAUACAACUUUUCAUUACUUUUGACAAUAAGCACACAAAUGUUCUGGGGGCCUUUCAUACAUUUUCUUUCACAAAACUGUUAAAUUUACAAAUUACAACGUCUCAAUUAUAACGAAUGCUAAGCUUUUGGAUUCUACUUGCAUGAAGAUAAUUUCAGCUUAAAUGUGCUGCAGUUGCUUUGCCUUUCAGAUUUCCCAUAAAUCUGGAAAGCCUGAGUUACAACAAACACCAGUAACAGUUUCAUUUAUCAGCUCUGGCCUUCAGUAUAUUGUAUGUUUUUCUGAGUAAUGGAUCAUAUUUUCAGCUAUUUUUUCUCCUUUAAGAGUAUGUUUACUUGUUACUGACCAAAAUAUGACUUUAUUUUAAUAGUACAUGCCCACAACAAUGGCACAGUGCUUUACCCUCUGAGAAUGAAUUAAAACUGAAUAAUGAAUAAAGGACUGUUGAAACCA